CAUCUCCGAUUUACUCCGGCCGCCCUCUGCCGGCGUCGAACCGCGUCGAACUCCGACACUCUUGUUCACACUGACUAAAGUAUACCGCUAAAUACUUUUAUUUACUAAACUGCCCCUUCUCAGGUUUGUCGCUAUCCUCUCCUGAAGUGGCUAUCUCGUAGUUUUUAAAUCAAGCCAGCGGCUUAUCUCGAAAGCUUAAUGCAUAAAACUGAGAGAUCAGGGAGAGAGAUAGAGAGCUUGAAUUGGCUCUGCUGGCGUAUUGUAGAGGAAGGAAUAAUUUCUUUAAGCUAAUUGAGCCCUAGCAGUAGUCGGAGAUCUUGGACUGGCUUAGCUUAAAUCGCCGGCGUUUUGAUCCUAUUGUGUGACUUUUGAAGUCCGUUAGAUCACAGAUGGACGGACGAGAUUGCAUUUCCAGCCAUUUCUAGGCGGCAGAUCUUGGAAUCCAUGGGGAACUGCAUGACAUCUGAUCCUAGCCAGCCCCUCAAGAUAAAAUCUGUGGCACAUCCAUCUCAGGACAAGCUGAAGAAUCCUACAUCAGAGGAGAAUAGUGCCAUCAUUAUGCUUACAGCUACCAAAGAUGUGGAAGAUUUGCGGCAGAAAUCUAGUCAUGGAAAUGUCAGCAUAUUCACAUAUAAUGAGUUAAAGCUGGCCACAAAGAAUUUUCGGACAGAUCAAGUUCUUGGGCAGGGUGGGUUUGGAACUGUAUAUAAAGGGAUGAUAGAGGAGAGCAUAAGAGCUGGUUUCCCGUCUACUCAAGUUGCUGUAAAGGUGCUCAAUCCUGAGGGCAUCCAGGGAGACAGGGAGUGGCUGGCAGAAGUCAACUACCUUGGACAGUUUAGCCAUCCGAAUCUUGUUAAACUUAUUGGCUACUGCUGUGAGGGUGAACACAGGCUGCUGGUAUAUGAGUACAUGGCUUGUGGUAGCCUCGAAAAACACCUUUUUCGACGAGUAUCCUUCAUGACAUGGUCCACUAGAAUGAAGAUUGCUUUGGGUGCUGCAAAAGGGCUCGCUUUUCUUCAUGGAGUUGAGAGACCCAUUAUCUAUCGGGACUUCAAAACAUCAAAUAUCUUAUUGGAUGCGGAUUAUAAUGCAAAGCUUUCAGACUUUGGUCUUGCAAAGGAGGGACCCAUCGGUGACCAGACUCAUGUUUCAACUCGCGUGUUGGGUACAUAUGGCUAUGCAGCACCUGAGUAUGUCAUGACUGGCCAUCUUACUUCCAGGAGUGAUGUAUAUGGCUUUGGCGUUGUACUUCUUGAGAUGCUCAUAGGAAGACAGGCAAUGGACAAGAGCAGACCAAGCAGAGAACAUAACUUAGUUGAGUGGGCUCGGCCACUUCUGAUCCAUAACAGGAAGCUAUUAAAGAUCCUCGAUCCAAGAGUUGAAGGCCAAUACUCCAUUAAAUCUGCACAGAAGCUGGCUAAUUUGGCUUACCAGUGCCUUAGCCAGAAUCCCAAAGGAAGGCCUCUAAUGAGCCAAGUAGUUGAAAUUCUUGAAAGCAUUCAAGGUCUAUCAGACGAGGAAGUGCUCUUCCAAAGCAGUGGCAGUGCCGUUACUCUCUAUGAUGCUUCGAAGGAGUCUUUAGAUAGCUUCACUGAAGGUAGGAAUAACUCAAAGAAGAGUGAAGGGGAUAGAGAAAAUAAAAUAAUGUGUAGGAGAAGAUUAGGAGAUGGAAGAAGCAAAAGUGAACCACCAAAGGAAUGUGUUUUGAAUAGUCCAUCUCCUGAUUCAGUUAGUAGUUCUCAUGUGCGCAAAGGCAGCUUCCAGUAGCUGCAGAGAUGUGUAAAAUGUAUGUUUUCUAUAGCAAUUUGCAAUUCUCUCUCUCUCUCCUCUCUCUCUCUCUCUCUCUCUCCUAUCAUUUUUUCACCUCUGUAAGUUUUGCCUACUGCAAAUUUGUUCUCAUCAAUGAAAAUUUGAUAUUUCAUUUUAAAAUA